UAGAAAAUGGCGGUUCAAUUCGCCAGCUUCGUGUAAAGAUUGAAAUAUUUCUCAUCAGUUUCGCUUAUGUAUCAAUGGAUCUUUUAAUUCAGAAGUAUGGCGGAACCCAGAAGAUUACAAUUUACCACUUUGGAUAAUGACAAAGAAAGUACAAACUCAGAAAAGCCCGUGUGUACGGCACGUUUCGUGCUAUCUCUCAAAGAAUCCACCGACGAAACAUGCUCGGAGUUUUCUUACACAGAAUUACUGAAAAAGCAAUCGAAGGUCAAGAAUGGAGUGCGUAUACGUAAAGAGAACAAGUCACCGAGUGAAGAGGAUGGAGACCAGGAGAAGAAUGACUUGUCAGGACCAUUUGGGGAUGAAGACGAUCCCGACGAGGUGGCGGCCAUUGCUAGACUGUUUGAGGAGAAAUAUGGUCCCAAGCCAGGAGAGAAAAAGAAGAAGAAGCCGAUGAUGGAGGUUAUUGACCUUGGAGAAGGAUACGAUGAAAACGAUCCUUUUAUCGACAACUCUGAGGCUUACGACGAGUUAGUGCCUUCUACGUUGACCACUCGUCUCGGUGGAUUCUACAUUAAUUCCGGAAAGCUGGAAUUCCGGGAACUCUCCGACGACUCUAUGGAUGCUUUUCAAAGGUCGAAUCCACUCAAGAAGAAGAGGAAGAAGCAGGUGAUUGCCUCAGAUUCUGAUUCGGACAAGGAAGUGAAGCCAAUUGAAAGCAACAAAGUUGUAGUCAAAGUAAAGAAGCGGAAGAUAAAAGAUGGUGUGGAGGGUGAAGAAAAGAAAAGGAAGAAGAAGAAGCUGAUGAAUGGAGAAGGUGGAGAAAAGUCAUUCAAGAAACCUAAAAAACCAGAAGAAAGGGAGAAACUCAAAAAGAAGAAAUUCUCUCCAACUGUUGGCGAACUGCUGAAGCAACAGACCGAGUCGACCGCUACACCUACCUCCGUCUUUAACGAUCUCAACUCUGACAGUCAGGAAAGUAACGAUUCUUCCCAGGAUGGGAAAUCCGAUAAAAUGUGCGUGUCCGUGGAUAGCGUGCCUACCAACUCCAAGGAGGAUUCCAACAGCAGGGAGGCUGGGGAAACCAAGGCUGUCGAUCCUACACAAAUCCCUAAACUACCCUCCGGAAUUCCACAGCACCUCUCGGACACUAUUGAAAAGUUAAAAGAGGCUGCUAAACACUCACAGGACGGCAAGUGUAAAUUCUUCUCCAACGAAGUCAACUCCAUGUUAUUGAAAGUGGAGUUACAUUGUCGACAACUACCAUGUGGUCACCGUACAACCAUCUACGCUCAUCUAGCCUCGUUCCUGCCUUGUGGGAAAGAGACUCUCCAGAAACGUGCCAAGAAGUUACGCAUCAAUCAACAGGAUGACGUGGUUAGGGAACCCCUUCAGAAACUCAGGGAUGCUGUCAAUGCUGUGAUGCCUUCUAUACAGGAGAAACACGAUGCAGAGUACCAAAAGUGGAGUCUGCAAAAGAAAGAGGCAGAAGCUGCGGAGGGAAACAAAGAAGGGGAAAAGGAUAAAGAAAAGGAAGAAAAAGAGAAAAAUAACAGUGAUGACAGUGAUGAGGAGAAAGGACCAGAGGCGACUGGAGGAAAGAAACGAGUGAAUGGCCCACGGAAAAAGUUUGAAUGGACAGAGAACUUACGGGUGCUGUUGUGUGAGGUAGCGAGGUGUAAAAUGAAGCUAUGUGAAUUAGCCAAGAACAAGACAGAAACCAACGAGGAAUACCUAAAGUCAUUCCUGGAGAACGAGGUCAAGCCGCUCUGGCCCAAAGGCUGGAUGCAGACAAGGAUGUUGUUUAAGGAGACCAGAUCAGUACAUUCAAGUUGGACUAAUCCACAAAAACCCAAGAAGACUGUGAUAAUUACCAAAUCCUUGCCCGGGUCAGUGCCCAACACUCCUUCAAACUCUCCGGCUACAUCUAAACUGGGAACCUCUACUGGGAGUGGGGUAUCCGAUGCCACACCAAAUCGACCCAGGGACGUUAGCUCAGUUUUGUUACCCAGUACCUCAACCUCUUCCAGUGUGUUGGACUUAAGCAGUGGAAGGACACUGAGUAAUAACACAACACCCACACCAGCAGCUCCUGUACAUAAGAAAACAGGCCUAAUCACCUCAGGAACUCCUACUUCCACCCCUCCUUUGUUUGCAACUAGUCCGGGUCUUUCCUUGUUAGCCGAUUCCGCUGCAAGCGCACGCUCUCUAGACAUGCCUCCGGAACGAUCUUGGGAUCAUGUUGUGUCAGACAUUUUGAAGUCCUCCUUCAUUCCUUCACCAUCUUCAAGGGACACAGACAAGUCGGCCAUAUCCCCUGAUCCUAAGGUCAAGGCCACUGGUGCAGGUCCGGGCCAAGAUCAAGGAGAUGGUGCAGGUGGAGCAGGAUUUCUUGCUCAAUUUCAAAAAUAUGCCAGUGAAGUGUUCGCUCAAAAACUCAAGGAGCCUGAUACAGGCAAUAAAAGUAGUUCUACAUCACCGCAGAAACAGCAUCAUUUACAGCAGCAGCAACAACAGCGGGCAAAUUUAACACAACAACAAAAACAGCUUGUUCAGAAAAUACAGAUGGCUGCCUCUCAGAGACAAGAUAAGUCGUCCCCGUCACCAGCUCAUCAGGGUCUGCAGUCGGCUUCAACCAAGUCUAACCCCAAUCAAUACUCCUUAACCCCCCAGCAGAAGGCUGCUGUGUCUGCCCACCCUUCACUCACCCCACAACAGAAGGCAGCUGUGUCUGCCCGUUCUUCACUCACCCCACAACAGAAGGCAGCCAUGUCUGUUGCCACCUCCAUAACCCCACAACAGAAAGCAGCCAUGUCUGUUGCCACCUCCAUAACCCCACAACAGAAAGCAGCCAUGUCUGUUGCCACCUCCAUAACCCCACAACAGAAGGCAGCCAUGUCUGCUCAUCCCUCACUCACCCCUCAACAGAAGGCAGCCCUGCAGUCUGCUGUAUCUUCCCACUCCCAACAGACAAAGCCCCAGGGUAUCACCUUGGGGCAGCAAACAUCUGCCACAGUAGCUCUUCAGCGAUCCCUCCUCAAUGAAGAAGUGUAUAGACAGUUAAUAGAAGCAGACAGCAGCAAAUUGUUAUCUCAGGCCACUAAAUCUCCAUCUGCCAGUAGCACAACAUUACCUAAUUCCAGUGUGGCAGGUCACAAAAAAAGUAAUGCCAAGGUCAUACCAGUGACUGUAUCAUCCACAAAAAACGCACAGUCCAAGACUCUGACAAAAGUGAUCAAUGUAGGAGCCUCUAAUGGGGGCCCACGCAAAGUUAUCACAGUGCAUUCAAAAUCACCAGUCUCCUCUCAGGGUACUUCCAAACCUGUAACAACCAUUCAGAUAUCUCCAACCUCUCAAUCCUCGUCUCAAAGGUCACAGGCCAGAGGUCAAGGGUCAAUCACCACAGGACAAGUCGGUGGACAACAAAAUUAUAGUAAUUCGAGUUCUGGGCAGGGAAGCAAUCUUCAGUCAUCAAGUGAUUUCCUACAGUCCUUAUUUGGCCAAGCCAGGGAGCAGAGUACUAUACACAGUCCUACUGGGCAGGUGUCGCGCACUUCUCCACAGCAACAGGUCAAGGUGUCCAUGGCAACGGUGUCUCAAAAAAAUAAACAGCAACCAGCACAGACAAGAUCCCCCCAGUCCCCAAAGAUCUGGAGCAUGGGUUCUAUUGUGUCAAAUGUUGGUAGCCAACACAGUUCAGUGGCAAGCAUUCCUGCCUACAGUCCAAUAACCACCCUUCCUAAACCUGUCCCUGGCUACCAGAGUGUCGGACUGUCCGGUUUAACCAAAGACAUGGGUGUCCAGCAAGCCUUGCGCCAGGAUCCUUCAUAUCUAGCAGGUAGACAUAACAGCUACUCAAAUGUACCAACAAGCCCUCUGACUGGUCAACAGCAGAACCCUUUAGCCAAUCAGAAUCCUCCACACCAGUCCACAGGGAUGUUACAUACCGUACCUCCCUAUCCUCCGGCCAGGCAACACCUCUCUUCUCUGCCCUACGGACAGUACACAGAUAAGUCCAGGACUCCCCACGGAUAUUGAGACAAAUCACAUGCAGAGGACUGGAACAGUUGUAUGAGUUGUCUCCCUUCCCUUCAUUUCUGGAAACAGAAAAGUCGCCACUGAAGAAACAUUGGAUCAUGAACAUUGACCAGCAGUAGUUAUACUGUUGCUGUCUGUUGUUAUUAAUUAUCAUAACAAGCAAUAGUAUGGUUAAUUUGAUUAAGAGAUGAAGAUUGUAAUAAUAAACACUGGAAGUAGAAUGUUUCACGACAUUAGAAUACCGAAAAUAGUAGCUUUUAUAAAACCAUGGACUCCACAAGCACAGUAUGUUAAACAAAAACAUUGAAAACCACAUGUAGUAGAUUUAAGGAUGAAAUACAAAUAGCAGAUUAAAUGGGCAAUAGUGAUUAACAAGUAUAAAAUGUCUGCAUGAUUAUUGACUCAAUUUUUCAAAUGAUGAUCAAUAACACGGGUGGUCUAGUUUUUAUUAACUUUAUAUGAAAAUGGCACUUUAUCUAUCUCAAUUGAAGUCAGGAAAGUUUCUGAACAUCCUGCUCCAUUAAACUGUAUCUCAAACUGAGGUUCUGCAAGUAAUAAAUGUGGUAUUGAUCAUUUUGUCUCAGCAGUUUCAAGAUACAAGUAUGGUCCAGAAAUAUCGACACAUAUAACGGUCAGGCCAGCCCACCUGUAUAUCAGGGCCAGGAUAUCUGUCGUGCAGUAAGGCCAGCGUACAUUAAUUCAGGUCAUAGGUGUUACGUGAUUGAAACAUGACAGACCUGUUCUAAUUAAGGGAUUACUCUCUGGUCGGGCCACAUUCAUAUGGAACUUUUCAUUCACAUACAUACGUAAAUUCAUGAGUCGGAACACACAUUAAUCAUAAUUUGCUUUCUGGCGAAUUUGUCUCAGUAAACAACCGUUUUCACUAAUCAGGAUUUUUUUUUUAUCGAAAAUCUGAAAAUGAAAUAGACAACAGUUGGACAUUUUCAUCAAAUAUCUGUCCCUUCAUGAAAUCCUGUCUUCUUGAUGAACAUAUAUGUAUUUAGUUGAUGGUAAUGAACUGAACUUGAUUACAAACCAAAAAAAAAAGAAGACAAAUUUUGGUUUCCAUGACAACAUCAUAAACAUUUCAAAAUGUACUAUGAUUUUUUUCCUUCAUGAAAUUCCAGGAUACUGAAAUUAAUUUGCAAAAUUGUCAGCUCCUAUAUCUGCUAAUGCAAUUUUGCUGAAAAUUAAUUGAAGUUUAACAAAUUACUGACAAAAUAUACAUGUCCAUAUAAAUCAUUUCUUAGGCCAAGCAAAAGACAUAAAUAGAACCCUGUAUAAUUAAAAAAACACUUUGUUAGCAUACUUUUGAUGAGGUUCAAAUGUGUAUGUUUCUUAGUCCAAAUGUGUAUGUUUCUAGGUCCAAAUGUGUGUGUUUCUAGGUCCAAAUGUGUAUGUUUCUACGUUCAAACCGAGUAAUUGAGCCUGGUUAACCUUCAAACCAGUUAGUUACAUUGACAUUCUUGAUCUCGGUGAUGCUCUGUUCUUGAAGUAGAAAAAACAGCUCUUUUAACUUUGGCCUAAUCACUUGAGGCAUAUAUUACAUUCAUAAAGGCAUAUAUUACAUUCAUGAAGGCAUAUAUUACAUUCAUGAAAUCAUUCACGAGGCAGCUAGCUUUCCUGUACUACCCUCAUACUUCUCAACUUGUCUUAAUGUAUCGGUGUUAGUGACAUUACUCGGCAAGUCAGAAAUUUCAACUUUUGUUUCGUAUUAUUGUUCUUCAGUAAAAAAAAAAUAAGACUUGAAAAAAUAACUAGAGAGAUAUUAUUUAUGUCCCAAAGUACUAUGAGAGAGUUUGCAUGUGGUUGAAGAUUUCCCCAACUUUGUGAGUAUCUUGAAAUUAAAUAAAUAUGUGUAUACUAUAUAGGUCCUAAGUAUCCUAAAGGGAUCAACAAUCUUUCAGUUGGUAGACUUGAAGAGCAAAAAAAAACAAUGAUUUGUGCUCAUUGAAUUGUCAUGUCACCAAUAGCUGUUUACAUUUUCAUCAAACCUGUUUUUGGAAUUGAUAUUGUCAGUAGUUUUAUUGAACAGGCAUAUGUUAUAUAUCUAUA